AUGUCCUACAGUGUGAAUGUGUAUCCUGUAACGUUCCUGGGUCGUGCACCGUUCAACUCCUCCGUCGAAGCCAGGACAGAGCAGGGAGACACACUUGUCUCGAGGGGUGCGACAUUGCCUCACCGUAUAAUCCGCUUAGUUCCAGGGCCGGUGGCUGACCUCACAGUGGCGUGGGUCAACUCGAGCGAGGCGCUCGUCACUUGGCAGUCGCCGAAAGUUCGUAACGGAACCCCAGUAGAAUUCAAAGUGAAGCUUCAUCCGAGAGAUGUCGGAGGUUGCGGAGUGACGGGCCUCGAAGAUGUGUUCCUUGUGCGUUAUCCUCAGUUUUUGGGCAGAGGUUUGGCCCCCCAUUCCCUCUACCGAGUCGGAGUGAGCGCUGGAACAAGCAAGGGCUACGGGGAGCAACGAGAACUCAACUUCCUUACCACAGGGGCCGCACCCAGCGGGCCUCCCCGGAAUGUCAAAGUCAUCUGGGCGGGUCCGAGGAGCCUCUUCCUGAGCUGGGAACCCGUGCCCUGCCGAGAGAUGCACGGACCCCUGGUCUUCUACGAGUGCACCUUCAAAUUUGCGGAUGGAACCGGCAACGUGCUAGCCACAAACGCGACUGGUAAGGACGCUAAUUACGUAAAGCCGUCCACUUUCCUAAACCCGAUGUGUGGUCUUGUAGCUUGA